GGAAGGGAAAUGACGAAGACUUCAUAACGAGAAGGUGAAAGUGAACCACUAUGAGGGCACUAGGAAACUCUGUCGUUACACUAUGUCUGAGUUUAUUGAGCUUCGGUCACAUACAGGCGAAACCGGAUCUCAAAUGGUGGCAGACGACCAUUGUUUAUCAGAUUUAUCCUAGGUCGUUUAAGGACAGUGAUGGAGAUGGUGUUGGCGAUCUUAAGGGAAUCAUCUCUAAACUGGAUCAUUUUGUAUAUCUUGGUGUCCAGGCUAUCUGGUUAAGUCCUUUCUAUAAAUCACCUAAUAAAGACUUUGGUUAUGAUAUUUCUAACCAUACUGAUGUAGAUCCUUUGUUUGGAGAUCUGGAUGAUGUGACCGAACUGAUAGAAGAAUGCCAUAAACGAGAUAUUAAAGUGAUAAUUGAUUUUGUACCCAACCAUACCAGUGAUCUACAUCCCUGGUUUCAAGCCAGUAUUAAAAAACAAGAACCAUACACAGAUUUUUAUGUUUGGACUGAUGGUAAAACAGGUCCCGAUGGUGCGCGGACCAAACCAAAUAAUUGGUUGGGUGUUUUUGGUGGCGAGGUCUGGAAAUGGAAUGAUGAGAGGAAACAGUUCUAUUACCAUGCUUUUGUUGAAGAACAACCAGAUCUCAACUAUAGAAACCCUAAAGUUGUGGAUGAGAUGAAUAAAGUGAUAGAUUUUUGGAUGAAGAUGGGUGUAGACGGUAUAAGGGUAGAUGCUAUCACUAAUCUGAUUGAAACAGAGGAUAUAUUUCAAGAUGAACCUCGUAGUUAUAAACCAGGGGUUCCACCAUUUCAGUACGAGUACUUAGACCAUAUCUACACAUCUAAUUUACCAGAAAUACGAGGUGCUAUACGAGGAUGGCGAAAUGUUAUGGACAAACAUUCCCAAAAAGACGGAUUAGAAAGGUUUAUGGUGGUAGAGUUUUACGAUACACCAGAGAAAAGAAACGCCUAUCUAGACUAUGGAGUCCAUUUGCCUUUUAAUUUUGAUCUCAUCGAACCUAUUGGUAUAAGACCGGAAAGUGGUGGGCGACAAAUUAGAGAUUUGGUUGAUAUUGAGUAUGCUAAUCUACCGCAAAACUCUUGGCCUAAUUUUGUUAUGGGGAAUCACGAUAGAAAACGUAUUACCAAGAAAAGGGGUGCUAGAGCUGCCAACGCUUUCAACAUGUUACUGUUAACAUUGAAAGGAACACCAACAACCUACUAUGGUGAAGAAAUUGGAAUGGAAGAAAUACAUGUCUCUUUUGAAGAUACUCAGGAUCCAUGGGGACUUAAUUAUGGCAAGGAGAGAUACGAAGAAUUUUCCCGUGAUCCAUGUCGCUCCCCUCUACAAUGGAAUGACGGAUAUCAGAGUGGUUUUACUACGGCAAACAAACCAUGGUUACCAGUUCACCCCAAUUAUAAAACACUCAAUAUUCAGACACAGAUGGCAUCGAAUGAUCUCAGCCCAAUUCAACUCUACAGUCAGCUAGCUCGUUUACGUCAAGAACCAUCUUUUCAAUAUGGUGAUUUAUUUUAUUCAGUUGUUAAUGAUAAUAUAUUUUCUUAUGUCAGACAAACAGAAGGCCAGCCACAAUAUUUAGUGACUAUCAAUUUUGGUAAAUCCAAAUCAAUUGAUGAUUAUACGAGUUCUGUCAAUGGGAGGGAGGGUAAAGUAAUAGCUCAUACUGGUAAUUUUAAUGAACAGAAUAUGAAAAUUGAUUUAUCUAAAAUAGUAUUAAAACCGGACCAAGGUUUGGUAUUAGAAGUACUGAGUAAUAAGGAUGAAUUGUAAUUUUUUUUAGAAUUUUUUUUUAAAAAGCUUUAAUAAUAAUAAUAAGGAUGAAUUAUAUUUUUUUUUAGAAAUGUUUUUAAAUGGCUAGGCCUAUUUAUAGUGUAAAUGUAAAAUAUAUGGAAUUGGUAAUAAAACAAUUAUAUUCCUGGGA